AUGAAGCCUCUCGCCGUGUUCCUGCUCGCCGCCUCGUCGGUCCUCACCGGCGCGGUCGCAGAUCCAGUCGUCCACGACGCCGACAAGGACAUCACCUACUACGGGCUCAGCCGCAACGGCAUUGAAGUCUUUCUCAAUAUCCCCUACGGCCAAGACACCAGCGGCGAGAACCGGUUCCGACCGCCCCGUCCGCAUUCAUCUCCACGCGGCAGCGCCAUUGACGCCACUGCCUACGGCCCGGCGUGUCCGCAGGCACUGGGGCCGUGGGUGCCCCCGAUAUCAUUGAGCAACAUUACCAAGAUAUCCGAGGACUGUCUGAAUCUCAACAUUGCGCGGCCCAAGGGCAAGUGUGUCGAGGGCAAGAAGCUGCCCGUGUUGGUGUAUAUCCACGGCGGGAGCUUCUGGACCGGUAGCAAUGAGGAGGUUACCAUCCGGCCGGAUGGCAUGAUCCUCGAGAGCGUCAAGAAUGGGCUGCCCGUGAUCCAUGUGGCCAUGAACUACCGCUUGGGCUUCUUUGGAUUCGCACGGUCAGAUGCCCUUCGAAAAGAAGGCUCCGAGAAUGCCGGCUUGAAGGAUCAACGUCUCGCGCUCGAAUGGGUUCGGGACAAUAUUGCGCAGUUUGGCGGCGAUCCCAACAAGGUGACCAUCUUUGGCCAGUCCUCUGGCGGCCUCUCCAUCGGCAUGCACAUCAUGGCCUACGGCGGCUCCAAGCCCGCGCCCUUCCAGCAAGCCAUUGCCGAAAGCCAGGCCCUCGAGCCCGGCAUCACGGGCAACUUCACCACCAACGCCAUGCAGGCCCUCGUCGAGCACGUCGGCUGCUACAAGACGCACCUCGAUUCCGCCGAAACCAUCCAGUGCCUGCGCGGCUUCGACACGGACAAGGUGCUCAACGCCUCGCUGGCCACGUACCAGUCCGACACAGCCCACAACAUCGGCGACAUCUGGCUGCCCUCGGUCGACGGCGACUUCUUGCCCGCGGCGCCCUCGCAGCUCAUCAAGGAGCAUCGCUUCUCCAACGUGACCACCAUGAUGGGCUGGUGCGACGACGACGUGACCUUCUUCACCGACGCAAACAUCACCACCGCCGCGGACACGUACAACUUCCUCCGGGCGUACGCGCCAGACGUGUCGACGGACAACAUCAGCAAGCUCAUGGCGCUGUAUCCCGCGUCCGACUUCCCGGCCAACACGGCAGCCAACGCGUCCAGCGAGUUCUACCGCUCGGCCAGAAUCUUCAGAGACAUCGUCAUGACGUGCCAGCCCCUCGGGUACGCGGAGCAAAUCGCCGCCGCCGGAAACACCGUCUACCUGUACGACUGGAACCAGACCAUCCUCGACCCCUUCCUGUCGCAGGUCGUACACCGGCCGGGCAUGGGCUCAAUCCACACCUCCGAGUUCGCCUACAUCUUCGGCAACCUCUCCCACUACGACACGGGCGACUACGACUUCGACCCCAGCCCGUCCGACUACGAGCUCAGGGACCGGGGCUCCCGCUCGUGGUCCACGUACGCCAGCACCGGCAAGCCCAGCCUCGAGGGGCACGACACCUUGCAGGGCUUCACGCCGGCCUUUACGCAAAACGGCCAGGUCAACAUCUUUGUCGUCGGCGGUCCCCACGAGGGCCUGUCGCCGAUUGACGGGCCCAAGGCCUCUCGCGCCCUCGAGCAGCAGAAGUUGCGGCAGAGAUGCGCCUUUAUCAACUCGCCCCGGAUGAUUAAACAGUUGAAGUAUUAA